GACCGAUGGACUGGUGACUGGUCACAGCAGCACUCAAGUCAGUAGUGGCUAGCUUUGCUUGUAUUGAGCCUGAUUAAGUGACUAGACUCAAACCCAGAUGAUUAAAGUACCUCAUCAACUCUCUAAUCUCGGCUACAAUCGGUUAAAAAAGGAUUUGUUGAAUGAUCAAAACUUUUGAGAUUACUCGUACUGGAUUUGGUCACAAUCUUCAGUAAAUUGCCAUAGCUAAGUAAUUAAGUUCGUUCCAGUGGUGAUGUACACACGAAGAACAUCUUCAUCUUCUCCAUCUACAACACCUCAAUGGAAAUAUGAUGUCUUUCUCAGUUUUAGAGGUGAUGACACUCAGAAGGGCUUUACAGACCACUUAUAUGAAACAUUGAGAGCUCAAGGAAUCAUAACUUUCAGGGAUGAGCCUAAAAUUUCGAAGGGAAAAUCUAUUUCUGGAGAACUGAUUGCUGCAAUUGAAGGAUCAAAGUUUGCACUUAUUGUCCUCUCACAAAAUUAUGCAUCCUCAACAUGGUGCUUGGAUGAACUUCUACACAUUCUUAAAUUUAUGGAAGCAAGAGAAGCAGUGCUACCAAUUUUCUAUUAUGUUGAUCCAUCUCAUGUACGAAAACAAACUGGGUGUUUUGAGAAAGCCUUUACACAACUAGAAGAAAGAUUUAGUUCAGAUGACAAAACGAAGGUGCAAGAGUGGAGAGAUGCAUUGGCGAAAGUGGCAGAUUUCUCUGGGUGGAAGGCUAAGGACUGGUAUACAUUCACUUUUAUUAUUUUCCCAAGGAAUGUACGAAACCUUGCUCAUCAAAGAUAUAAUCGAUGUGAUAUGGAAAAGAUUACGUUCUACAUCGUUUACUUUUGUGGAGAACUCAGUGCAGGGGUCGAUGAUGUUCGCUUUAUAGGGAUAUGGGGUAUGGGUGGGAUAGGUAAAACAACUAUUGCCAGAGUUGUUCGCGAAAGAAUCUCUCCUGAAUUUGAAUUCAGCAUAUUUCUUGAGAAUGUCAGUGAUAAUGUUCAAAAAGGUGGUCUAAUAUCCCAACAAAGAGAAAUUCUUUCAUGGAUAUCGAUGAAAACGAUUGACAUAUUUGAUGUUCAUGAAGGAUCGACAAUGAUUAGAAGAUUACUUCGUCACAAAAAGGUUCUUCUCAUUCUCGAUGAUGUGACCAACUCAGACCAUUUAGAUUAUUUGGCUGGAAAGCAAGAGUGGUUUGGUUCUGGGAGUAGAGUUCUUAUUACAACUAGAAAUGAGCAUUUGUUAAUUGAACAUGAAGUGGAGAGAAGAUUUCAGGUCAAACGUCUAAAUCAUGAUGACGCUCUUAAGCUUUUUAGUUGGAAAGCCUUUGGAAAAGACCACCCUGAAAAAAACUAUAUUGAUUUGUCUAGCUGUGUUGUGAGUUAUGCCGAUGGUCUUCCACUAGCUCUUAAAGUUUUGGGGAGUUUUUUGCGUGGAAGACAUGUAAGUGCUUGGAACAGUGCGUUGGGUAAACUAAGAGAUCUUUGUAACACAGUUUUGGGGACACUUCAAAUAAGUUAUGAUGAUCUAGAUGACAGGGAGAAGAAAAUUUUCCUAGACAUUGCGUGUUUCUUUAACGGGGAGAAAGAAGAUCGAGUUAUAGAAAUCCUAGACAGUUGUGGCUUUUGUGCAUGUAUUGGAAUAGAUGUCCUCAUUGAGAAAUCUCUGUUAACUAAUUCAUAUGGCACUCUAUGGAUGCAUCAGUUGCUCCAAGAGAUGGGUCGUGAAUUAGUCAAUCGAGAGUGUCUUGAUGAGCCAGGAAAUCGCAGCAGGUUGUGGCGCCAUGAAGAGGGCAAGCAUGUCUUGAGCAAAAAUACAGGAACAGACGCAGUAGAAAGUAUAACCAUGGACAAAACUGGGCCAGUGGUGCACGCGGAUGCUAAAUGCUUUUCAAGGAUGAAGAAACUGAGACUUCUCAAUCUUGCUAAUGUGAACCUCUCUAAUGAUCUUGAAUAUCUCUCCGAUAAUUUACGAAGUCUUGAAUGGGAUGGGUAUCCUUCAAAAUAUUUCCCAUUACAUUUCAACCCAGAGAACCUACUAGAACUUAACAUGUGCCAUAGUCACAUUGAAUCUUUUUGGACGGGUGUUAAGCUUUUAUACAAUUUGAAAAUCUUUAAGCUCAGCCACUCUUUAAAUCUUGUCAACACCCCAGACUUUAGAGGCUUUCCAAAUCUUGAGUAUCUGAUUCUGGAAGGUUGUAUACGAUUGUAUAAGGUUGACCCAUCCCUUGGAAUGCUUGAAAGAAUUACUCAGAUAAACUUGAAGGAUUGCAAAAGUCUUGUGCAUCUUCCAAGAAGUGUGUAUGGCUUAAAAUCUGUCAAAGUUCUUAAUCUUUCUGGCUGCUCAAAGCUCGACAAGUUGCCCAAUGAGUUGGGCAAUGCAGAGUGUCUGGAGGAGCUUGAUGUGAGUGGAACUUCCGAAGUCCCUAUUAUUCAAUUUGUUGUUCCUGGAAAUGAAAUUCCCGAGUGGUUCAAUCAUAAAUCUGCUGAAUAUAUAUACCAGAAAGAGUGGUUCAAUCCUCAAAGUGUGGAGUAUCCAUUAAGCGUGGAGCUACGUCCAGGUUGGUUUACUGAAAAAUGGAUGGGAUUCGCGGUGUGCCUUGUUUUUGCAAUCCAGGAACGAUCACCUAAUUGCGACCCUGCUCUUGAUUAUCCUAGUUUUGAUUACAAUUAUACACAUAUUAUUACUUGCAAAGUGGACAUCAAUGGAAAGGAGAUGACGGCACGUAGGCGUCCAUUUGCGGUUCUUAAUGCAGAGUCGGGGCAAGCUGUGUCUGAUCACCUUUGGGUAGUCUUUUUUCCUCGUCACUUUCCUCAGUUGUGGAAGGGUAUCAGCGAUCAGAUUGAAUUGCCUUCUGGCACAGAGGGGUGGCAAGGUAUAUUUGGUCAGAUUACAUUUUCAAUUACGGCCAGAGUUGGCCAUGGAGUAAUAGUGAAGCAGUCUGCGGCUCGUCUGGUGUAUGAGGGAGAUUUGGAAGAGCUUGACCCAAGAUUUAGUUUUUCUCUCAUGGCUUGCUUUUCAACAGAUGAAUGGAAUGGAACCACAACAGCAAUGAGAGCCACCACAACUGGGACAACAAGAACGUGA